CAUAGUCCAUAGACUCCAUACGCCUCGUGUCCUCUGCGAGAGUCGAGUCGCUGCUUUGGGAGUCGUUGGGGUUCUCGUAGAUCUCACUCCAUCUUCGUCUCCGAUCUCGCGAACCAUUUCACAUGGAGAUCGCGAAGAGGAAUCUGUCACCACCCUUGGUAGGUGUAGGAGGAGGAAGAGGAGUUGAAGAAGACGACGACGCCAUGGGGGCUUCCGGGCUCCUCCCCCUCGCCGGCGCUUCGAACCAACCCUACGUCUCCGAGCUCCUCUCCUUCUCCAUCGAGCGCCUCCACAAGGAGCCGGAGCUUCUCCGCGUGGAUGCCGAGCGGAUCAGGCGACAGAUGCAAGAGGUGGCUGUGGAGAACUACGGCGCGUUCAUCGCCGCCUCCGAAUCCCUCUCCUUCAUUAGGAAUCAGCUCGAGGAUUUCGACAAGCAUUUGGAGUCUCUGAUAGAGGAGAUUCCAAAUCUUACAUCUGGUUGCUCCGAGUUUCUCGAAUCUGCACAGCAGAUUUUGGAGGAACGGAAGCUUAAUCAGACGCUACUGGCCAAUCACACGACCUUGCUCGACCUGCUUGAAAUUCCCCAAUUGAUGGACACAUGUAUACGCAAUGGCAAUUAUGAUGAGGCCCUUGACUUGGAAGCUUUUGUUAGCAAAUUGUCAAAAUUACAUUCUGAGUUACCUGUCAUUCAGGCAUUAGCUGCAGACGUGAGGAAGACCACACAGUCUAUGCUCUCACAUCUUCUUCAGAAGCUUCGAUCUAACAUCCAGUUGCCUGAAUGUCUUCGUAUUGUUGCACAUUUGCGGCGUAUAGGAGUUUUCAAUGAAUCUGAAUUGCGUUUGCAGUUCUUGAGGUGCAGAGAAGCAUGGCUAUCUGGGAUCCUUGAUGACUUGGACCAGAGGAACGUUUAUGACUAUCUGAAAGGAAUGGUGAACUGCCACAGGAUGCAUCUAUUUGAUGUUGUUAAUCAAUACCGAGCCAUAUUUAACAAUGAUAAGUCUGGAAGUGAGGAGAACUACGAUGGUGGACUUCUUUUCAGUUGGGCUAUGCAUCAAAUCAGCAAUCAUCUAAGUACUCUUGAAGCCAUGCUCCCAAAAAUUACUGAAGGUGGAUCGCUUUCCAAUAUCCUCGAUCAGUGCAUGUAUUGUGCAAUGGGUCUUGGCUUGGUCGGAUUGGACUUCCGAGGCUUGCUUCCACCACUUUUUGAAAAUGCAGUUUUUAACUUAUUCUCGAAGAAUAUGAGUACAGCGGUUGAGAAUUUUCAGGUUAUCUUAGAUUCACAUCGGUGGGUUCCCAUGCCGUCCGUUGGCUUUGCUACAAAUGGAGUCAUUGAUGAGUCCCAGGAUGAUGUUAGCCCACCUUCUGUUCUAAUGGAGCAUCCACCUCUUGCGGUGUUUGUUAAUGGUUUUUCAGUAGCUAUGAACGAGCUAAGGCCCUGUGCUCCUGUGAGCUUGAAGCACAUCCUCGCUCAGGAGGUCGUCAAGGGACUACAGGCUGUUUCUGACUCUCUUGUUCAAUACAAUGCUAUGCGAAUGUUGCGUGGAAACGAGUCCACUCUUUUCCUCUCACUUUGUCAGGCAUUUAUUGAGGUUGCCUUUCCUUACUGUGCAACUUGUUUUGGUCGCUGUUACCCCAACGGAGCAACCUUAAUCAUAGAAUCCAGAAGUUUGUUCAACGGUGUCGGUCGAUUAAUAACAAUACCUCCUGCAAGAACCAACAGUUCGGUAGACAAUGUUGAAGAAAAGCAACAAUUUGUAGAUAAUGGGGGCAAUACAUCAAUUGCUGAUAAUGGGCCUUUGGCUGAUGAACAAAAAGUAGAGGUGGCAGAUACUGCUCAAACAGACACAACACUCUCACGAACGGAAACAGAAAGCAGUACGUGAUGUUGUCCUGUUGAUUCGAUUGUCAAGCCUGGAAAGUUUUGUUAUCAAUGAGGAUUUCUUUGCGCGAUAGGUUUUCAAACAGAUAUAUCUUCUUAUGGGAUCAGUUAUUAGCAAGAUUUUGAGUUUCACAGAGAUCACCUUCAUAGCUGAUCCGAGCCGCGUCGGUUGGACCUGUUGCACUAUCCUUGCUGUAUGUUAUUGAGUAGAAGCUUCAGUUUUUUCUCAAGCAUACUUUUAGCAUUUCUAGAAAACUCUAUUUUUUGUUGUCUGGUGUUAAUUUGUACUCUCUGAACGGUACAGUAAAUGAAAACUCAAAAUAUUUGUAUUCUUUUAGGAGGAAAUUCAAAAUGUUUGUAGAGAGCUUGUGUUUCUGAUAUUUUGAUUGUCAAUGCAAAUAAUUCCUUGUGUUUC